GUUAAUUAAGUUGACAUUUGCUGCUAAAUACUUGGUUCACUGUACCAUUCUAUUAUCCGCAAAAGUAAAAAGAAAACGGCAAUCUUAUCCACACAGCCCAAUUAUCACACACGAAAGAAAAAUCAUCAGAAACUGAAGCAACUCUGUAAGAAGAUGACGAUGAUGUUGAAGCAAUGGCUUCUUUCACAGAACCCUUCCCCUCACUUACCCAAAGCUGGUCCUCUCAAAUGCAUCUUCGAGUCUGGGCAGCUCAGUAAGAAACAUAUCAAGAAAGCUUCAAAAUGCAUUCACAUUGAUUUCAAGAAAAUUUUGCAGUUCAGAUACCCUGCAGCAACAUUAAUCGUGACUAAUGCAUUGAUGAUGACUUCACCUUUAGAAGCUUUGGCUCAAACAUGUGAAGCUGAUACUUCUUCUGUCUUCAAUAUGCCAUUAUUGCUGUUUGUUGCCCUCGUUGGGGCCACAGUGGGAGGACUAGUUGCACGUCAGAGAAAAGCGGAACUGCAGCGGUUGAAUGAGCAGCUCCGCCAGAUCAAUGCGGCGCUAAGAAGGCAAGCCAAAAUAGAGUCCUAUGCACCUAGCUUAAGUUAUGCUCCUGUUGGUGCCAGGAUUGCAGAAAGUGAAGUGAUUAAUGAUCCAAGAAAGGAGGAAUUAAUUUAUCACUUGAAAAAUGGAAAGAAUUUUCUGAGAAAUCAAGCCCCAGAAAAGGCAUUUGUGGAGUUUAAAACAGCUCUUGAGCUUGCACAGAAUGUAAAUGAUCCUAUAGAGGAAAAGAAGGCAGCAAGAGGAUUAGGGGCAUCAUUACAAAGGCAGGGCAAGUACAAGGAAGCCAUUGAAUACCACUCUAUGGUUCUUGAUAUCUCAUCAAGAAAUGGAGAGGAUUCCGGGAGCACAGAAGCUUAUGGAGCAAUAGCUGAUUGUUACACUGAGCUUGGAGAUAUGGAACGGGCUGCAAAAUACUAUGAUCAAUACAUUGCAAGGCUACAGAGUGAUUAAGCCAUCUACUGGAAAGACUUGCAGAAAUCUUGUGGAAAUUUCUUCAUGUUGAUGCAUUUAGAGUAGGAUCUUUAGAGGUUAGGUCUUUUGUCUUGGUAUAUUUCAAUCUUGCAUACAUUAUUCACUGGUUUCUUCUGUUCUAUUUUUUGUCUAUUCUCGUUUUGGUAUGCUGAGGGUCUCAACACACCUGAAGUUAUCGUUGAUAACUUGUAUUCAGAAUUUUGUCAGCUCAAUUUGCAUGUGAAAAUUGGAAUGAGGCAAUCAAAUGAUCCUCAGAGGAUAUUAGCAUGAGUUAAUAAGUAGCAUGGUUACCUUUUUGAA